AUGAGGAUUUUCAUAGCCUUUGAAGGAUCUUUUGAGGCAUUUGAAGUUUCAGCACAUCAAUCUGUGGAAGCCAUCAAACAGAUGGUAAAGGAUUACUUCCACAUUCCUGUUUCUGAAGACAAACAAGGCAGGUGUUAUCUAGAGCUGAUGUACGCUGGAGCUGCCCUAAGGAACAGUUGGAGACUGUCGGAUGUGGGAAUAUCUUUCUGUUCAACUCUCAAAUGCUGUGUUAAGAAAGAAGACAAGCCUACUCUCUACGUGUUCAAUGCUGUGACCAAGGAGAUGAUGCCGAUAAUGGAGGCCAUGUCUAUCCUGGAGAAGAAGGUGUCUGACCUGAGGAUGCUGGUAACUCAGAGAUGUGGCUUCCCCAUGGGCGUCUACUGUCUCCGGACACCAAAGGGACAGGAGAUGUAUGACUGCAACACCCUCAGGGACUACCAGACUGAUAUCGGUACAACACUUCGUUUGGAUGUCUGGGAUGGAUGGAAGGAAUUUCUCAUGGGAUGUCUUCUUGGGCAGAAACUUAAAGUCCAACGCUACUUAUCAAAAGAAGGACCAGUACUCAAGUACCAGAAGAGGGUAGCCCUGUACGUCGCUGCUUUUCACGGACACACGGAACUCACGGAAUGGGCUCUGAAGCAGGGUGUGCAGCCCCACGAGGCGGUUGGUGUUCACCCUUACCGAGCAUGGUGCCAUGAAGCCCUUCACACAGAUGUCUCUAAUUGCCCUAUUCACGCAGCUGCAGAAGCUGGCCAGCUGUUAAUUCUGAAGGCCUUUGUCAACUGCAACGUCCUGUGCCUGGAAUGUAAAAACGCAGCAGGACAAACGCCGCUGGCCAUUGCCACCAAACACCAGCAUAAAGACUGUGUAUUGUAUUUACUGAGCAAAACGUGGUCCACGGUUUCCUUUCUAAAGCUUUCCAUCUCGAUGAGGAUUUAUAUUAAAAUAAAGCAGUGGAUCCUCCGAGCUCAGAGUCACGGGUGCCAUAAAAGCCAGCUUGGAAGAGCAAAGGUCUCUGGGGCAAAAGUUGGAGACACUGUGAUGGUGGAUGGCUUCACUCAGCCGAAAAUGACCUCCAAGAGCUGGUACAAGGCUGGAGAUAAGAACUGGCAAAGCACCCAGAGCAAACUAACACCCUGCAUGCGACAGUCAGUCAGGGAGCCUGUCGAUUCUUUAUCAAUUUCACAACAGGGCACCAGAAAACAAAUCCUCACGUUUCCAUCGUUAAUGGAUACAAACACGUUUUCAGAACUACAAAGUCAUCAACAAGAAAACCAGAAAAAAGACUGUGCCCCAGCUAGGAUUAAAGAAAAGCACAUAAAAAAUAAGUAUCUUCCCCAGGUCCCCCUCCCUCCUGUUUCAAGAGUGAAUUACUCACACCCCCAGUUCUACUGCACUCCACCCAGUGAUGACCGUUUGGUUCGGUCCUUCUUCACCUCUUUCUCAGAGCACAGUGGGAGGACCCCGAGAGAGAAUGCCAUCUACUGCUUGGCUGUGGCAAGGUAA